AUGGAAUUCAAGUACUCUACGGUGGUUGAUCCCACCACGUACAAAACCCACGGUCUCUGUGACGGGAUCCCGCUGAGAUGCCACGAGAGUCCCGAGCUGGAGGAGAUUGAAACAUUGAGAUGUCAAGAGGACUGGCGAGAUUGGGUUGGCCCGCUAGGGUUCUACAAGGGCGGUUUGGGGCCACGAUGGAACUUCAUGGCCAUCACCGUCCCGGAGUGCUUGCCCGAGCGACUCGGUGUGUUGGGGUAUGCCAACGAGCUCGCUUUUCUACAUGAUGACGUCACCGAUGUGGCAGAUUACGGAGAUCUGCAUAAUGACGAUUUGAAGGCUGCCUUUGAAGAAGCAGCCAGUACCGGACGUAUUGAAGGGUCUGCCUCCGGAAAACGCGCGAUUCAAGCCCACAUCGCAAAUGAGAUGAUGAAAAUCCAUAAGCAGCAUGCAAUUACCACACUGCAAGCGUGGGCAAAAUUCGCAGAGCUAGGGUCGGGUCGCCAGCACACUACCCACUUCAAGACGGAGAAGGAGUAUAUUGAGUACAGAAUGAUCGACAUUGGCACGAUGUUCUGGUAUGGCAUGGUUACCUUUGGGAUGGGCAUUAGCAUUCCCGAAGAGGAACUUGACAUGUGCCACGAUCUGGCCAACACUGCAUAUUUGAAUCUGGGUCUCACAAAUGACCUCUACUCCUGGCAGAAGGAAUACGAGACUGCAGUAGCCAUGGGCAGAGACUACGUGGCCAAUAUCAUUGGCGUUCUCAUGGAGGAGCGUAAAAUCUCCGAGGAAGAGGCCAAAGAGGUCUGCCGGGAAAAGAUCAAAGUGACCAUUGUCGAUUUUCGCAAGAUUGUCGAGGACACCAAGGCACGAGAAGACGUGUCCCUGGAUACGAAGCGGUAUCUGGAAGCUCUGCUGUACAGCCUGAGCGGAAACCUAGUUUGGAGUAUCGACUGCCCCAGAUACCAUCGGUGGUCUUCGUACAACGAGCGUCAGCUUGAUUGGAUGAAGGAUGGUAUUCCCAAGAUAUACAAAAACCCUCCCAAGGCGAAUGGGGUGAGCACAGCCACCGGAAACGGGGUGCACAAUGGCGCGGAAAAGACUGUCGCCAAUGGAAACCUGAAUGGUAACGACACUGUCCAUGCUCCAGUUACCAAUGGAAGCAUGAAUGGUAAUGGUGCCGCUCAUGCCCCGGUCUCCAAUGGUUCCACAGGCCUGAAAAAUCCAUUCAGCAUGGAGGUCGACACAGACAUCGUCAACGUUUUUGCCCGAAAGGAAUACAAAGCUAUCAACGGCCUGAAGCUGCAUGAGGGAGAAAAAUAUCCCUCGAUUGGCGAAUUCGAAUUGAAUGACGACGUUGCCCCUUGGAAAGAUCCAGAGAUUGAAACAAAGGUGAUCCAAGCGCCAUAUGACUAUAUCAGCUGUCUCCCAUCAAAGGGAAUCAGAGAGCAAGCGAUCGACGCUUUGAAUGUUUGGUGCCGUGUCCCUGCCACGAAGCUUGACAGAAUCAAAUUGGUGACCAACAUGCUUCAUAACACUUCGUUGAUGCUAGACGACUUGGAGGAUGGCUCGAAUCUCCGGCGCGGAAAGUCGUCAACACAUACGAUCUUCGGAGCUGGCCAGACUGUGAAUGCGGCCAACUACCAGAUCAUUCGUGCUCUGGAAGAGGUACAGAAGUUUGGGGACGCAGAAAGUAUCCUAAUUUUUACUGAGGAACUGAAGAACCUCUACGUCGGUCAGAGUUUGGAUCUGUACUGGACAAACAACGUUAUCUGUCCGUCUGUCAAUGAAUACUUCCGCAUGGUAGAGCACAAAACUGGGGGUCUGUUCAGACUCUUCGGUCGCCUAAUGUCACUCUACUCAACCAACCCAGUCAAGGCCGAUAUUAUCAGUCUUCUGAAUCAGUUUGGACGGUACUUUCAGACUCGAGAUGAUUACCAAAACUUGACUUCUCCAGAGUACACCAAACAAAAAGGAUUCUGUGAGGACUUGGACGAGGGCAAGUUCUCGCUUCCCCUCAUCCAUCUCAUGCUUUCCGCGCCAUCAAACUCUGUCGUCCGCAAUAUCUGGACUCAGCGACUGGUCAACAACAAGGCCAGUUUGGCCCACAAGCAGACCAUCCUGGAGCUGAUGAAAAAGAGCGGAAGUCUACAAUUUACAGUAGACGCGUUAGACCUAUUACAAGACAAAGUGGAGAAGAGCAUUUCAGACCUAGAGGCCAAGUUUGGGGUUGAGAACUUCCAGCUGAGACUGAUUCUUGAGAUGCUGCGGAAGAAUUAG